CUUUAAUACAGUCUCAUAAAAACUCUCUAGAGAAUGAAAGGCACAGUACACAACAGAGGUCAUACUUCCAUCAACCUUGUACGUGAGCGACGGAGGAAUGUAAUGUUUAAGCUGAUUGCUCUAAAUGGGAUUGAUACUGAUGUUAAUGUGUUGAGUGAGGGACACAGCACCUGAGGACCUGGCAAUGAUAACAUCCUCUACUAAGGGUAAAGGUGCACGCUUGCGUCUGCUAGAACAUUCUGAGAACCAAACGAGACAAUGUGUGAGUGAGAGAGAGAGAAAGGGGUAUUUAUAAACACGCUGGAUGCUAAAAGCAAGGGUUUUCAGUGUGGAGCAUCCAAUAAGGACGCCGCUUGCGUGAUCACGUGAUUGAAGACUUGGAAGGAAUGUGCGGACAGAAUUAGGGUGAGAGAGAGAACGAGAGAGAGGAGGAGGAUUUGGGAGAGAGACGCAGAGUCAUCUCAGCCUCGGCAUUGAGGGAGGUUUAGAGACCAGCACUGUAGACUUACUCAUCUAAAUCAAUGCCGUUUACUGACAGAUAGACACCUUGAUAAAGAACAAAUAUUUAGAGAGACAAGGACUGUAAGGAUGUCAUCCCAGCGCUCAGAGUGCAGAGAUCUGUGCUCAGUGCCACCCUCCAUGCCAGGCUUGGCAUCGUCAACAGCUGCCCAGGGCUGGAACUGGCAGCAGGGGCAGCCAGGCGGUCUGCAACCCUCCAGACUGUUAGAGGACGACAAGCAGGACCUUUCCACCAAGUCGACAGCACUCAGCCAGGAGGCGGACCAACGGGUAACCAGUCACCAGAGCAGCAGGGGUGGGAAGAAUUUGGGCAGUGCAGCAGAAAGUCCCACAAGCGUCUCGUCCUCUCCAUCACCCCUGUCUCCAGGGAAAGACCUUUCUACCAAUGGGGUGACAUCAGGACCUUUACCGAGAAGUGGCGUCUUGACAUCCUCAGACAGCGAUUGGGAUCCACCUCCCAGCAUUUCGGAAACAGGCCUCGCGCCGAAUUAUUGCGUGAUCGGUGUGGUGAAUGACAGCUAUGUGGAGGGCAAAGUUGAGGGCAAAACGGAAACACGGCCACCCAUGUCACCCCCCGUGCAACAAAACCGAAUGGUCCAGCGCACAAUGUCAGACAGUACCCACCUGACAGUCCCUGCUAGCCUUCAGCUGCCGGAUAAAUAUCCAGGCAAGGAUGUGCCACCACCCCAGACCACCAUCAAAUACUUUACCGUAGAGGACAAACAGAGUCUUCUGCCAUCCAUGAGUAUCCCAUCAGCCCCUACUGCAAAGAAAGAACAGCCUGCUGGUGUGCCACAGAGUUCUGAAAGGAUACAGUUGCCGCCACAGCCAUCGGGAAGUGGAAAUGCUGUUUCAUCCCCUGACAUUCAGCCUAAAGUAAAAGAAGAUAAGACAGCCAAAGAGAAAAUGGAGAAGGUGGAAACUGCUCUGAAGAUGGAAAACAUCAACAUAACUGAGAAGCAAGACAAGCCUGAGAAAAUGGAGAAGAUUGAUCACCUGGACAAGAAAGAUGCAAUAACAAAGAAACCAGACAGUGUGGAUAAGACUCAGAAGAGUGAGCAAAUCAUCAAGGAUGAGAAGAAAAUUGAGAAAGAGGAAAAACAGGAUAAUAAAGCUGAGAAAACCGAGAAGGUUGAGAAAGUAGACAAACCUGAGAAGACAAACAAGGAGAAAGACGAGAAGAAAGACAAUGGAGAAAAAGUGGACAAGACAGCCAAAGCUGAGAAGAAUGCGACGGCUGCUAAAGGACCUGCUAAGUCUCCAACAGCUAAUGGGAGAAAGGAGGUGACCAGCCCAGAUAGUAAGGCCAAGCCUUCAGUUGGGUCAACCAAACAAAGCUCAGCAAGACCAAACUCGCUGUGCACUGGAGACAGUGCAGGUGCCACCAAACGCACCUCUCCCACCACCAACUCUGCCAAUAAAAAAAGCCCUAUGCCCAAGGCAACAACCCCUACUGCUGGUACCAAGAAAACCCCCACCACCACAUCUACUCUUGAGACUAAGGCCAAGUCUUCUGAGACAGCCACUCAGCGUCGCCCUCCAGUGCCAAAGGCUAAAACGGCAUCUGUUACGAAUUCUAAAAACGGCAUUACUAGCACCCCAACUACCACCUCUGCCCGACACUCCUCUGCUACAAAGACUGAAAACCAAGCAGGAGAGGUGAAAAAGACAAGUGCAAAGACAACACCAGUUAAAACAACUCCAAGAACAACUCGCACACUACCUUCUGCCACCAGCACAGCAGCCACCAAUGGGACCCCGACCCCUCGUCCCUCCCGCAUCACCAAACCCCCUGUACCCAAGCAGACUCCCCUAGAGAAGAAGCCUCCUGUACCUCGAGCCCCCCGAAAUGUCCGGCCCACCAAUGCACCACUGCCGGAUCUAAAAAACGUGCGCUCCAAGAUCGGUUCUACCGAUAACAUGAAGUACCAGCCUGGAGGAGGCAAGGUCUCUGCAGCCCAGGGCAAGACCGAUGCUCUGCCAAAGACCAGCCAGGGCAAAGUUCAGAUAGCCCACAAAAAGCUGGACUUCAGCCAUGUCACCUCCCGAUGUGGCUCCAAGGACAAUAUCAAGCAUGUUCCUGGUGGAGGAAAUGUUCAGAUUUUAAGUAAAAAGGUUGACUUGAGCAAAGUGACCUCUAAAUGUGGAUCCAAGGACAACAUAAAGCACAAGUCAGGUGGUGGUGAUGUGAAGAUUGAAUCCAAUAAGGUUAACGUCAAGGCCAAGGCCAAAGUGGGAUCAAUGGACAAUGUAGGCCAUGAACCAGGAGGUGGCAAUGGCAAGGCUGAGGGGGUUCAGCAGAAAUCUGAGGGAAGCCCAUCUCCCCCAGCAGUCUCUCCACCUGUGCAGGCAGGCAAUGGGGCAAAGGAGAACGGGCUGAAAGAGAACUCUUCUGCUCCCGUACCUUCUUUGGGAGAGGGGCCCCGGGACUCCCAGGGCUUAGACAAGCGCAUCCCUGGGGCAAAUUGAGUCCUACAAGCUGAACUUCUGCGAGAACGCAUGAGCUCGCACGGACCACGGCGCUAAAAUCAUCUCCUGGUCCUCCCUGAGUGGCAGCCACCCCCACCCACAUCGCAGCACCUCUCUCAGUGUUUCUCUGGGGUCCGCCAUGUCCUCACACUCAACCCAGCUUGUCCCAUUCACUCAGCUAUGAGAUGGGUGCAAACCAGUACACUAGAAGGAGAAGGACUCUGAUUUCAACACAGCCUGUCCCUUUAAAACCUAUCUUCUCAUUAGCUUCUUCUCUUGUUUACAGUUUUCAUAGUUUUUUCUUUGUUGGGAGAGCACCCAUGAGAUCAUGUUUUGGGAAAGAUCCAGGCUGUGGCUUAAUUUACAGCACUACUUUUCGAAUGCAGGGUUUGGUUUGAGGCUAGAUAUAGGAUAAAGUCUCCAGAUUGUUGGAGAUAGAGUUAUGGAUGCUCCACCUGCGUAGCUCUUAUUGUCAUCUUUGUUAAAUCCAUAACAUUUUGCCCAUAACACCAGAAUUUCCUUCUAAACCUCCUACGAGCCUGUGCUAUCCUUUAGACAGACCUAAAUUUAGAGGUAACACCCUCUUUUCUGUCUGUAUCUGGCAGUAGAUGUUCUCCAAUGGGAACCCCAGAACUCACUUGAGAUGUAGCUUAUUACGUCAUAUUAUGGCAGUUACGCUCCGUGUAUUGUUAGUAUAUGGGGCUGUCUUAAAUCCCAGUCAAAAGGGACGAAUCAGCCACCAUCCAUCCAUCUGCUCCCUUUGCUCGACUGACCCUGUCCACCUCACAUGAAUUAUAAACCCUGUUCUUCCAUCAGUAUUUAUAUGAGCACUUAAUCAUUUGAAACGUAUUGGUUGUUUAAACAAUAGCAUAUUUACAUCUUCAGUGAGUUUGCUGUAUCGUGUUUGCGUAAAUUCCUGUAACGAUGAGCUGUAUCAUUAUGAUGUCUAACCAUCUGAUUACAUUUUCCACUUUCCAUUUUUCUCAGCGCAUCUUGUGAACUAAUAGGACACAAAAACCCAUGACACACAUAAACUACAGCAUGAUACGGGAAGAGAAAAAGGAAGUGGCACGCAAACUAAACAGACAGGAUGGGAAGAAAUAUAGAUGAAUAAAGAAAUAUGUCAAAAAGUUAAAAUGGAAAUGUGUUUACACUCCUAGGUCAUGAUUAUUUGCUCAAAGGUCCAAAUCAUCCCCACUUUCAAUUAAGUAUUAUAUUUCCAGAUCCAAAAAGCAAACAACUUUUACACUGGACAUAUGAACCAGCAUGUGCAAGGGCCCAUUACAUUAACAGUAAAUGUAUUCUAACUAAGCAUUGCAAUACAAUCCAUUUCCCUAUUAUUUAUUCAGUGGCAAUUGAUAAAUUGUUGUUUAGAAAUUACUAUUUAAUCAAACAUAGUAGUAAAUGCUAUUUGGGUAAUUUUUUUUUUAUUUAUUUUUUACCAAGUGAUGUAUUAUUCACAAAGUAGUUGAAUAUCAUAGUUUUAAACUGUCUAAACCUACAAUUGUAGGGCUGCUUUUUGAAACUCUUGACUAGUGACACUGUUUAACAGUGAAUUUGUGGGCACUUUAUUGGUAGUAAUAUUAUUCUAGAUAUAUUUAGCUACACAAUGCCUGCAGAAAGUAACUGUUUUUGCUGUUGUUGCUUAAAAGGUUAUGUUUGUAUACAGGGUUUGAUUCACUACAUGUUGUGAAAUAUGUAUUUAACAUAUCGCGAUUUUUUCCUGGUAUUUUACUGUGACUUUAUGGUAGAUCGUUGAUGGUGGUAAUGUUGUAACAUCAAAGAAAAUCCCACAUAAAACUGAACAACAGAGACCAGGAAGUAAUAAAUUAUGCAAAUAUCCUAAUUAGCUGAUGAGCAUUUGAAAUGCACUUUAUGAUGGAUGUUUUAUACUACAAUGAGAGCGAUAAGAUUGAUUGAGCAUAUUUUCCUAAAUUGUAUCCCCUCAAAAACAGUCCCAGUUACUCAAAAAUGCAAAACGUGUACCUGUAUCUCACAGAGCAGUCUGUAAAUACAGUUUGUACAAGUGUGAGCAAGUGUGUUUAGUGUAGAGCAGCUGCGCUUGGCCAAACUGUCCUGUCUGUAGUUCCUUUUGUGAUUAGUGUGACUGUUCAGGGGCUAUGCCAGUAAACUUCAGUGUUGUACUCUUGAUACAGUGAUCAUAACCUUUCAUGCCUUCAGACAGCUCUAUUUUGUCAUUUCCAUAAUGAAUGAACACGCUCACAGUGUUGGUACACUUCUCACAUCCCCCGCACCAGUCCGCUCAACGCAGUUUUGUAAAUACACGUUUCACACUUUAUACCCCACAGGGGGGAAAACACUUCUUGAUUGGGUUGUAUAGAGAAGCAAAGUUAAGAUUUUGCAUCUAUGAAUAUUUCUGAGUGAGUCUGCCUUUCUUUUUAAAAAAAGGGCUGGCAAACAAGAAUGUUUUUAAAAUGUAUUGUAUUCAGGAAGCAAAGAAUAUAGAUUAUGUCUGUAACUUUUUCUCUUUGUCAUCACAGGUCACAUACUUAAUACAAUAUAAUCAAUAGGAGGAGGAGUGUGAUUGAUUUUGCCUAAGGAUGGAAAAACUCAAAGGACUCUGAGGAUGUCCUUCUGUGUAAAAAAAGGCGCAGCAUUCUGGUAAUGACUUGAGUAGCCUGACACAGGAUGCAGAAAGUGGGUCGAGAGUUUAGAGGUAAUCAGUAACCACAGGAACAAUGAUUCCUCCCACAAACUGCACCUGACACAUAGACCUUGAAUGUUGUUUGAAUAUCCAUGCCGCACAUCUGUAUGAGACUAACUGUAACUGGUAGACUUAUUGGCAUGCUUAAAACUAGAUAGAGCACUGGAAUUAGGCAGCAAAAGAGCCCCCUAGUGUGUCUGUUAGGACUCACAAUUUGUGUACUACCCAUAGAACACACCAAAAGAGCAUGCUGACAACAACGGACUACAGACACCAGUCCUAAAUUGGAUUUAAAGUCUCCCCCCUGGUUUAAGAUGAUUUUUUGGUAUGAAAGAGGUCAUUGUGAUUAAUUGUUAACUAGUGAUGUGGAUAUUUAAUCAUGAAUCAAUAAAAAAGAAACAAGCAAAA